AUGGAGUUAUUAUCAUAUUUAUCAUGCAUCCCAUGCGUACCGUCAUCUCCAUAUAUAAAGAUUUCCAAUAAAUCUUACAAAAUCAAUAAAUUGCUAGGGGAAGGUGGAUUUUCCUACAUUUAUUUGGUCAGUGACUCCAAUAGUUCGUUGUUUGCAAUUAAGCGGAUAAAGUGCUUGUUCAGUGAAAAUGAUGAGUUUUAUAAGUUUGCCAUCAAUGAAUUGAAGAACUACAAGAAGUUUGUCAGAUUUAAGAGUCCUUAUAUCAUCCAAUCCAUCGACGAAGAUAUAAUUCAAGAAUUUGAUGGGUCAAGAACCAUUAAUAUCUUAUUGCCUUAUUUCGAGAAAUCUUUACAAGAUAUCAUCAAUUAUAAUGUAUUGAACAAUCAAUUGAUGAGUGAAGUUGAUAUAUUGAAGAUAUUCAUUGGUACCUGUAGAGGCUUGCAAGUGAUGCACAAAUUCAAACAAGUGAAAAAUCAAAAUUAUGAACCUGAUAAUCAAGAGCAAGAUUUAUUACUUAACCAAGAAGAAGAUGACGAUGAAGUGGAUGAAGGCGUUGGCAAUCGAAUCGAAUUGGAAGAAUUAGUUCCUUAUGCUCAUAGAGAUAUCAAACCUGCAAAUAUAAUGAUCUCUGCUGAGGGAUUACCUGUGCUUAUAGAUUUAGGUUCUACCAUGAAAGCUAGAGUUAAUGUUAAGAACAGUCAACAAGCCAUGUCAUUAAUGGAUUUCUUCGCCCAAAAUUGUACUUUACCUUACAGACCUCCCGAAUUAUUUGAAAUCGAAGUCAAUGAUAAAAUCACCGAAUCCACUGAUAUUUGGUCAUUAGGAUGUCUCUUAUACUGUUGUUGUUUUGGUACUUCACCAUUUGAAAAAAUUGAAAUCGAUAAAGGUGCAAAUUUGAUGUUUGCUAUUAAGACUUGUAAUUAUUUCAUUCCAGAGAAUGAUUAUUCACCCCAAUUGCUUCAACUUAUCAAAGAUUGUUUAAAUUUAGAUCCAUCAAAAAGACCCUCAAUUGAUAGUUUGAUUGAGGGGUGUCUCAAAUUGUCGCGUUAA